AUGCAGCAAUCAUUUGGAACGAUGGCCUCCCGUUUCAGGAACUUGUCCGCGCUGGCCGGUCGGGCUGGCGCUGGCGCCCGACCUUUCUCCACGUCACGUCCUCGACUGGAGGCUGGCCCGUUGCCAGCGCGUAAGCCCGUGGGGGCUUUUCGAGGAGGACUCUUCGGCUUCUUGACUGGUGCCGUGGUUGCGGGCGCGUCCGUGUAUUUUUAUGUCCUGGGAGAUUAUCGUGUCUCCAACGAGAUGCUGAGCGAUGAUAUCAACGCUUUGCAGAAUGCCACUUUGAAGCUUCAAUCCUAUAUCACGGAGCUGGAGGGUCGUGUAGAUCAACUCAAGAAGAAAUAG